AUGAAGCUCGACCCAAAGGCAAUGCGGUAUUUGGCCGCAGAGGACUUCCGUACUCUCGCAGCUGUCGAAAUGGGCAGCAGGAAUCACGAAGUUGUACCUACGCCGUUAAUCGUCCAGUUAUCGGGGCUGCGCGGUGGAAGUAUCGUGCAUAAGUGUAUAUCGAACCUGGCGAAGAUAAAUUUGAUAGCAAGAGUGAAGAAUGCGAGGUACGACGGCUACCGCCUCACCUAUGGCGGCCUCGACUACCUCGCCCUUAACUCCCACCAGAAGCAAAAGUCCAUAUACUCGGUCGGCAACCAAAUCGGCGUCGGCAAAGAAUCAGACAUUAUCGUCGUCGCCAAUUCAGACGGCAAACAACAUAUCCUCAAAAUCCACCGGUUGGGCCGCAUCUCGUUCCGCACGGUCAAGACCAACCGCGACUACCUACGCCACCGCAGCUCCGCGUCAUGGAUGUACAUGUCGCGCCUCGCAGCGAUGAAGGAGUUUGCCUUUAUGAAAGCGCUACACGAGCAUGGGUUUCCGGUCCCCGAACCCAUCGCGCAGAACAGACAUACGAUUGUUAUGAGUUUGAUCGACGCGUUCCCUCUCCGGCAGAUUUCUUCGGUUCCGGACCCUGGCAGGCUUUAUUCGGAGCUUAUGGAGAUGAUUGUGCGGUUGGCCGGGGUGGGGCUUAUACAUGGUGAUUUUAACGAGUUUAAUAUUUUGAUUAAGGAGGAGGUCGUUGGGUCUGAGACGGCAAGGGGCAAGAGAAAGGAGGGAGGUGAUGGUGCUGAAGGGGAGAAUAUCAAUCUGAUACCCAUCCUUAUCGACUUCCCGCAGAUGGUCUCUGUGGAUCAUCCUAAUGCGGAAAUGUACUUUGACAGAGAUGUGCAGUGCAUCAAAAGGUAUUUUGAGCGGAGGUUUGGAUUUUCGAGUGAUGAGAAAGGGCCAUUUUUUAAAGACGCGAAGAAGCUAGUGGGGACGAAGAAAGGGGGUGCAAGGCUGGAUGUUGAAGUUGAAGCGUCGGGUUUCUCGAGGAAGAUGGCAAGGGAGUUGGAGGCGUACAUGAAGGAGAUGGGUGUCGAUGGAGACGGAGGUGAAAAUGGGGAGCGUGAUGAUCUACGAUCUGAUGAGGAAGGAAAUGAAGACGAAGAAAAUGAAGAGGAUUCCGAGGAGGAGGGAGAGAAUGAAGAUGACGGCGUCCCAUUAGGUGACGAAGUGGAUGCUUUUGGAAACACGAUACAGAAAAAAUCUGAGGUAGAGCAACCUAAUAUUUCUGAAUCGGAAUCUACAAAGGGAAUUAGCAUUGAGCAGCUCCAAAUAUCUGACUCUAAACUGCAAGCUGCAUGA